AAAGACUUGCGAGGAAGAGAAACCAGGCAAAAGAUAGCAAUGGUGAGACAUGAGACAUGGAACAUCAACAAGUUUGAAGGACAAGACCCGGAAGACCUGGAGCAAGAGUCUUACCAUCAAUCUUUCUCUUGGAUAGUACACCAUCGCGUGGAAAAUUCUUGUUUCUUCAAGAGUUGCGCCGGUGCUUUUGUCGUUCCUUGGUUUUGUGGGUUGCUUGGUGUCGACUUGUCCUUCUUCUUCCAAUGAUCGAACUGUCGCCUUGCUAGCUUCCUUUCUUGGGUUGUUGGUGUUGUCCUCUCCUACGACGAUACGAUUGUGGUUGUUGGUCCUUGGUUCGAUGGUUCGAUGGUUCGAUGGUUCGAUGGUCCUUGGUUGUUUGUCUGGUUUUUUCGUGUUGCGGUGCUGAAAGUGUUCUUCGGAAAUGGAUGUCCAAACGGCAAAAACAACGAAAAUGUGGCGCCCCAGAUUGGGUUGCUGAACCGUCGCGCGCUCCGAGGGACUGGAUUGACAUUCAUUCGGGACUUGAGGUAAGCGUGGAGCGUGGAAGAGGCAGCCCCAGAACGCGGAACUGCAUCUCGCUGCUUCAGCACUACAGCAUCGAUACUUGUCAAAUCGCUGUCAUUGAACAACCAUGGCAGAGACCGGUAACGAUGAUCUCGAAGAUACAAGUAUGGCAAUGGCACCAACAGACGGUACUCAACCAAUAGUAGACAUGAAAACGACCGAGACCGUGAAUGAACAAGGUAGCCGAGAUGAAUCGGGCAGUUCGCUGAAGCGGAAGACGACGGAUCGUCCAAGAGAAGGAAGCAAGAAGAAGAAAAAGAAGUCCAAGGAUGGAGCCAAACAGGGUGGUCAAUAUUGCAUCAUUGACGAGCAUGCAACAGAACAGGCACGGAGGCAACUGCGUAAAGAGCAACGAACCAUCCUGCAUGACUUGAAGAUCGGUUGGGGUUGUUCCGCGACUGAGAAUGAAGCGCACAUGGAAGCAGACAGAAAGAAACACAACGAUCUAUUCAAGCGAGUGCAGCACCCAAGGGAAUUCGUGUUGGAUGCUGACAUUCUAAACGUCCGUGCCAUUCAGCUCAACAAUAAUGUGUCCAUAGGUCAACGGGCUGCCUACAAUCCUCUCACGCUGGCUGCGAAACUGAAGGAAAAGCUAACUAAAAAGACAGCAGCGGAUGAUGAGAAGAGGCGUUUUGAUUGGACGCACUUGGGACACGAAGCGGGUGCAUGCUUCCGGGCUGUCCCGUCCCGAGUGUCGUUUCUGCUUGGACCUCUGCAAAGCCAGACGAUGGCUAAGCAACGUCGACCCUACAAACGACGACACGUCGUCAAGGAGGAGGAACCAUUGGAGGAGCAAGUUUUGGUUCCAUCGGAUGGGAAAGAUUGCUCCGCCAUUUUGGAUCCUGCAGCUCCCAUCAAGGCAGUCAAAAAGUCACUCAAGGAGCAGUGCGCGACAGCUGAGACUGGAGAGAUUGAUAUGAUUCCGUUCCUCGUAAAUCCAAAUUCCUUUACUCAGACGGUGGAGAACUUUUUGAACUUUAGCCACUUGAUCUCCAAGGGCCUUGCCGGUGUGCGGAAAGACGAGGUGGACGGGAACAGUUACAUUUGGUAUAUUGGACAACAAAAGGACGAGAAGCAGAAAUCCGAUAGCGGUGUCGUCCAUUCCGCACGGCAGCUUGUCAUGCCUCUGACCAUGCGAGAUUGGCGCAAGUUAGUGGAUGCCUACAACUUGAAAGAAGGUGGCCUUCCGAACCGUGAUUACUCAGCAACAGCUGCAGGUAGUGUGCCCUCAGAAAAAGAAUGCAAUGAGAAAGUUUCAACUGUUCCCAAAGGACAAAAUCAAGAAGAGCAAAAGGAUGGAGGACAAGAGGACGUGGCAGCUCGCUGAACAUUAUGUUGGACCCAAGCUGGUGCUGGAAUGGUUUGCAUCCUUAUCGAUUGUAUGAUUCAUGAUACUAUCUGCUUUUGUUCGUGGCCGCAAGAGUAGCUGACGGAAGAUUGCUGCUCAAUCAAAACAUAGCUACUAG